AUGUCCCGCGAUCCCGAUCUCCCUGAGACUGUUGCGCAACUCGUUACCCCGCAGGGCCUUCGCGUUCUAUCGAAUCUUGGCAAGCUGGGGAGCCUCUGCCAGCAGAUGGAACAACGAGGAGCUGGUUGCAUUCAGGGUCGUCAACGAUCUUGCCCGAUCUGCCUCCCGGAGAGCUCAAAGUCGCAAAAAGUUGAUCUCGACAUGAUUGCUCAUCUUCGUGAAUCUUUUCCCCGACUUCGCACCGCCUCCGAAUCUUCCCUGUGCGACCUGCCCGCCGGCCGCUUUCUCCUCGCACUGGCCAAAUUAAUUCGAUCCGAUGUUCGAGAUCCAAUGCGGGAAUAUCCCGCUCGCGAAGGUGCGGGUGACAAGCCAGCCGAUCCAGGUUUCGUGCCAUCCACCACGAUUCCAUUCCCAGAGUCUUCUUCUCCUGCAGGGGCCUCUCCGUCUGAGUAUUGUGGUAGUCACGCUAGCGUCACGCUGGACGAUGACCAGAAUGAGUCCCGCGUCCGCAAACCAGAGUUGCUCGUGGCCGAGCUGGCGAAAGAACUCUUCUACCUUUCCUUGUACUUGGUCCUGAAACAAUCGCAUCCAGAGGAAGAGUUUUGCUUUCGCCCAGAAAGCCAUUCGUCAACGGCACUGAUUGCUCUCCAAGCUUUUGUCGGUGCCGAUGAUGGCGAUCUAUGCAAAAAGAGUCUCGAGUCCGGCUCCUGGAUAGUCGUUCACCCGUCUCUCAUGGUGGGCGAAUGCAAGCCAGCAUCCCAGGCCCUUUUUUAUGACAACCGUACCGAAAGAUAUUUCCCUGUCUUGACCAUCAAGGCCUUCGCUCAAGUCGUCGGGGAAGCUGUUGCGACGUGGAAGCAGUACAAUGAUACAGAACUAUUCCCUGCUGGGUUCGGGCUCCCUUCUCUUUGUCGCUCGCCACUGGACCUCGGUUCGCAGCUAACCAGCCCGCCCCGUGUAGCCUCUACUCAUCUCGAGAAUAAUCAAGACGUUCUUCUCUCGAUUUGCCACAUACUCACUCGAUUGAGAGUAGAAGAAGGUGAAGUCUCGGAUCUGUCGGAAGCAGAUCAUGAAGCGGAUCGUCAGUUGGCGGCUACACCAGAACGAACGGACGUAUCUUCCGGAUCUGAUGGUUUCGACGUGUGA